UGCAAGCGUGCGGCUUUAUUUCUUUACGUGAAAUCUCGCGAAAAUCUGCUAAAAUCUUUUCAGAAAAAUAAUUUUCUAAGUUUUUCAUUGCUUUAGAAGUCGGAAAAACGUCAAAGCUUUUCAUCACAACAAUUGUAAAUUUUCCGUGAAGCCUAUAUAUGAAUUUUUAUGGGCUUUGCCAAAUAAUUGCCGACGACGACGCUUCCAGUUGCAUUAAACCGAGACAGAGGCGGCAAGGCAGCCAUAGCGAACUGAGAAGUGAGUUGUGGGUACAAUAAAAAGGGAGACAAAGUAAUAGAAAUCGAAAAAAGGUGGAAAAGAAAGUCAGGUGCAUCUUGCUGCGAAGAGCGGACUAAUCGAAGACACGCAUAAAUUGUCGAUGGAUAAAGGAGCUUUUGAAGCUGUUCCCAUAAACCCGCAUUGAUGAUGUACAUUGAAAAUACUGGCCUGGAAGAUAACCUACAUCACAUUCUUACUAAUCGUAUUCCAACAUCGAGCAGCCCAUCAGCAGCUGCGGCGGCGUCUGCUUUGUUGCUGGCGCACGUAAGGGAGGCGGCGCACAACAGCGCAUCGUCGCAAGUGCCAAGGGUGGAGGAGCAGCACAAGCCGUGUAACAAGGAGUGGGUACGCCGCCCAGAACCCCAACUUGUUCCAGUUGAAAGUCUUCAAACAUUGGAUGUAGCCAAGCGCUUGCCUUCUAUACCAAAAGAAGCACUAAACGGUGAAUUAAAAAACUUGGCCAAGAACAAAGAGGAGGAAGAGCCAGAGGAGGAGUUUGAACUUUUAUAUGUAGAGGACAUUGAUCUACCGGAAAGUGAAGCAAACACCUCCAAGCUACGCAGCGAAACAGAAGAGCAGCCUAACGAAUCGGAAAACAAGAAUAGGUCAACGACCCACUUUGUUAUUGAUCUUAAUAAAUUCACUGGUCCGGCAAGUAGUACCGCGGCGGAAGAAGAAGAAGAAUACGAGUACGUGGUGACGCGAGUUGCCAAGAAGAAAAGCAACCGUCUACCACCAACUUCGCUCCAAGAAAGCUAUCAAACAACCAAUAGCCAGCCAAAUUUGCUGCAUUCUCAAAAAUUUAAAAGGCCUGUGCCGGAAGCUAUUCCCAUUGAAAUUCAUCGUCGAAAAUUGGUUGGAGACAUAACAGCAAGCAGUUCUAGGGAUUACAGUGCGGUCAACGGUUUUGAAGGCCCCGACUGCAGUUACUAUUCGGAUUUAGAGACCGCGGCAGCAGUAUCUGACAGAGAUUGUGAUACCGAGGUUUACAACAAAGACGUCCAAAUGGGACUCGACAUAUUAAAUAAAAUAAAACAAAUCUUUAACUGGAACCCUCUACCAAGUCAAACAGAUAUAGCAAGUCAGGAAGGAAAAAGAAAAAGAAGAUCCGAAGACUACUCCGGAGAGAGCGCUAGUGAUCAUCUGAUCAAGUACCGCAAAGUGGAGAAUCGUUUUCCCAAAUACGUCUCUCACACGGAGGAUGACGAUGUAAUGCACAUUGCAGCACCAACGCCACUGAAAAGCAAUUCAUUUAUUUCGAAUAAUAUGUCAUCUGGUCGUCGUUCGGGUAUAGGUACGGCGACUAGUAGUUCGUUAUUUAGUGCCACAGUGAUACGAGAUUAUCGAUUAUUUACAGAUAAACCAGCGUUGAGAAAGUCUAUGUUUUCAGCUCCUACUAUCACAAAACAAGUGAUCAGAAAUACCUCAUAUGCUGACUUCGAAUUUUCUGAUGAAGAUGAACCCCAAUUGGUAUACCCAUCGACGUCAAGGGGGGUACGACACUCCCCCAAUACCUUCAACAUUCCGAUCAUGCAUUCAGAGGAGUUCACCAAGUCCAGCACACAAAGACCACAACCUCCUCCACUGAUUGAAGUAGAAACUGCACGAAGGAGCAGCUACGCUGAUGCUCUGCGGCAGAGUAACGCUCGUGUCCCAAUCUCAAUGGCUGGUCGCCAAGGCCAUCUUUUGGGUGCGAGAAAUAACAGUGUGUCCUCCUCGGGCGAGGCGGCUUCCAUGUCGCAUUCAUCGCGUUUAAUAAAUGGUCUCUCGAGUCUGCGCACAAACCCGAACGUAACACGUUCGUCCAUAUUAGCACAAGAGAAGGAGAGUGAAGAACGUGACAAAUAUCAAAAGCUUCUUGAGCAAGUAAUGCCACGCUUGUAUAGUUCCUCUAACGAAAACAAAAUAUCAACGCUAACUCAGCAAAGAAGAAGAUCAAACAUUUUGUUAGCAGCAGCAACUUCUUCCACUCGUAGCUCCCCAGCCAAUAAUAGACGGUCUUUGGGGCUUAGCCAGUCGAUUACGAAGAGACCACCUUUAUCGUCAACCAUAAAUUUAGACGAUGACGAUGAUGACGAUGUAAGUUUUAACGGCAUAAAGCCCACACCUAGACUGACAAAGGGAAAAUCAAGCGUGCCCACCACUAUUGUCUUAGACGACGAUGAUGAUAUAUCCGAUAUCGUUGAUUUGGAGAACACUGAUCGACACGUCCUGUCACAAUGCGCAAAACUCAAGCAAGAGCAGAACUCUCUAAACAUAUUGGGAGCGAAUAAGGCGGUUCCCCCCAAAAAGAAAGCUUUACCUUAUGUGGAGCCUGUUAACUCUUUUAAGGAGCGCAUCAGUGCUUGUCCGCAUGUGAAGGAGAACUGGUUGGAGAGUUUUCAAUCGAAGUGGUCCCAGCGCAAGCGAAACAUACUAGACGAAGUGAAGGAGACCGUUAAAGUCGCUGACAAGUUAACUUUAGAGCGCAGGGCAGCUGAAGCCGAAAUACAGGAACGUCUGCGGAAGUUCCAAAUUGUCGACCCCGACCUCCUGGUGGUCGAUGACUUUGAAGACGUCUUAGAACCGGAAUUUGUUGAACUGACACAACAACAUGUGGAACGCAUCAAUGCUGCCAUACGUGGUCCUUUAGAUACGGUGCUGGUGUCAAAGUUCAAUUUGAAUAUAACCAGACGAGACAUUCACACCUUGUGCGGUCACAAUUGGCUUAACGAUGAAGUCAUCAACUUCUACAUGAACCUUCUGACCGAACGCGGAGAACUGAAGAGCAAGUCGCAUGGCUUGCCCACUGUCUAUGCCAUGAAUACAUUUUUUGUCCCUCGUCUCAUACAAGCGGGCCAUGCUGGCGUCAAGCGCUGGACGCGUAAAGUUGACAUAUUUUCCAAGGAUAUUCUGCCAGUACCCGUUCAUGUUGGUGGUGUUCAUUGGUGCAUGGCCAUUAUCCAUAUGAAGAAUCGCUCUAUUAAAUAUUACGAUUCCAUGGGCACCCCGAAUCCUACUGUGCUCAAAGCGUUGGAGCAAUACCUCAAAGACGAGUCGCUAGACAAGCGCAAGCAACCCUUCGAUACCAGCGAUUUCGUCAUUGAGUCUGUGCAGGGAGUUCCACGUCAAAUGAAUGGCAGUGAUUGCGGUGUAUUCAGCUGUAUGUUCGCCGAGUACAUAACACGCAAUAAGGACAUCACCUUCUCGCAACAGAACAUGGAAUAUUUCCGGCAAAAGAUGGUCCUUGAAAUAGUCAACGGCGAACUUCUGCAGUAGUUCCCUUCUAGGUCUUCGCAUCGAACCCCACAAUAUUCAUAGUAAUAAGCAUUUGUGCAAAAUUUAUUAGUUUUUAUAUCUUUUGUACGCUCAUUUGUAUUUUUCUUCACUCAUUUGGAUUAUGCGAUUAUUUUUAUUUUCAUUUAUUAAGCUCUCACGUUCCCCUUCCUUCCCCUUUUAUCACCCCGCCACAGUUUUGUUUAGUCCUAACUGAGAAAGUUCUUAAAUUUCUCUAUUUCACAUACUGCUCUAUUUAAGCAGGGUAAUUUCUUUUUGUUUCUCCUUCAAUCUUCUCAAAGUCCUAUGGGAUUCGAGAAUAGCAAUUAUAAUUAAACCAUAAAUAAGAAAAAAAACUUUAAUUUAUUUCUUAACUUUAAUACAAACACACACACACACACACACACACCCUUACCCACAUAGAUAUACUUACAUAUAUUGCUAUAAUAUUAUAAAUAAAUUUGAACAAAGCUAAUCAUUUGGAA